GCUCUGCCUCCGGCUUUGCGCUCACCUGCUGCCUAAGCUUUCUGCUCCUGCCCCAGGACCCCCGGGUGGGCCCUAGACCCCAGGGCCGUUCCCAGACUCAGCCCUUGCCCAGAUUCUCCCCAGCCCCUAGCCCCGACAGCGCGCUAAGCCGCCAGGGGGCGCCGUGUGAGGGCCCUAUCCCGGCCACCGGCGCCCCCUCCCACGGCCCAGGCGGGAGGGGGGUGCCGGGGGCCAUGCGGGGCCAGGGCCGCAAGGAGAGUUUGUCCGAUUCCCGAGACCUAGACGGGUCCUACGACCAGCUCACGGGCCACCCUCCAGGGCCCACUAAAAAAGCGCUGAAGCAGCGGUUCCUCAAGCUGCUGCCGUGCUGCGGGCCCCAAGCCCUGCCCUCAGUCAGUGAAAACAGCGUGGAGGAUGAGUUUGAACUGUCCACCGUGUGUCACCGGCCUGAGGGUCUGGAGCAGCUGCAGGAGCAAACCAAGUUCACCCGCAAGGAGUUGCAGGUCCUGUACCGAGGCUUCAAGAACGAAUGCCCCAGCGGAAUUGUCAGUGAGGAGAACUUCAAGCAGAUUUACUCCCAGUUCUUUCCUCAAGGAGACUCCAGCACCUAUGCCACUUUUCUCUUCAAUGCCUUUGACACCAACCAUGAUGGCUCUGUCAGUUUUGAGGACUUUGUGGCUGGUUUGUCGGUUAUUCUUCGGGGAACGGUAGAUGACAGGCUGAAUUGGGCCUUCAACCUGUAUGACCUCAACAAGGAUGGCUGUAUCACCAAGGAGGAAAUGCUUGACAUCAUGAAGUCCAUUUAUGACAUGAUGGGCAAAUACACGUACCCAGCACUCCGGGAGGAGGCCCCAAGGGAACACGUGGAGAACUUCUUCCAGAAGAUGGACAGAAACAAGGAUGGUGUGGUGACCAUUGAGGAAUUCAUUGAGUCUUGCCAAAAGGAUGAGAACAUCAUGAGGUCCAUGCAGCUCUUUGACAAUGUCAUCUAGCUCCCCAGGAGAGGGGGUCAGUGUGUCUUGGGGGGAACAUGUUCUAGCCCUAGUCCAGGCAGACCUCACCCUUCUCUUCCCAGGUCUGUCCUCAUCCUGGCCCUACCCUGGAGGCUGUAGGGAUCCAAGAGCCUGGGGAUUCAGUAGUCUAGAUCCCUGGAGCUGAAGGGGCUAAAGAACAGGCAGAGUGGGAGCUCCAUCGGUUAUGGCGGUACUUAUAUGAGAGUGGGCAGAGUGCAUUUGGGGGGUGUUCCUAACUCCUAACAGUCCUCACCCCCUCCCUGCCUCAUACUCAGUGCUGAGGGUACCCUUGCUGUAAGAAUUGGGUGGUUCCCCACCUCCCACCCCCACUCUAGAAACCACAACACUAGACAGAAUGUCUCCUGCUAUGGUGCUCCCCCAUUCCUGAUCUCAUAAACAUUUCCCCUAAGACUCCCUUCUCAAAGAGAAUUCUCUGUCCUUGGCACUGGCUGGCUUUUCAGACCAGCCUAUGAGAGCCCUGUGGGAGGGGGACAAGAAUGUAGAGGGAGAAAUCUUGGGCCUGAGUCAGUGGUUAGUUAGGUCCUAGGAAGUGUCUUGGGGUAGAGAACAGAAAAGCAUGGGCAGAUCUGGGACAAUGUUUCAUUUGAGAAAAAAAAAAAAAAGAAAGGCAUGGGUAGGUUGUGAGAGCUCAGGCAUGCCAGGUUAUAGCUCCAAGUUCCCUAGAUCUGCUACCCCAUGCCAUCAAAAUAUGAGGUUCCAGGCUUUUCAGAAGAACUUGACUCCUUGGAAAUGCCCUAGAAAUUUUCCAUACCCUCCUCAGUUUCCAAAGAGAGCCUGGGAUCCAGAUAUCUGGCUCAUCCCUGGAAUAAUUCCUUUUUCUCCCUCUUUUCUGCAUGUGUUGGUGGUAGUAGUGACCAGGGAAUAGGGGUAGAAGAUGCCCUGGCUGAUGCCUGCUAAAAUUUCAAACUACCCUCCCUGCUCAUUACCUGUUUUGAUGGCUAUGACUUGAGUUUUCAUUUGCUAUGUUCUCUAGACUUAGAAGCAUGGAGUGAGUUAGGCACCUUUCUAAACUGGAUCUUACUAUUCUCCCUAGUGGAUGCCUUAGAUGGAAAAAGAAGAAGGGAGACAGGCAUAGCAUCUGAACCCAGUGUGGGACAUUCAUUAGAAUCUUCCAUCAACCCAGGCUCUAUCCCAGCCUCUCACAUAACUUCCUCAAUUCCCUAGGGUCUCCUCUUGCUCUACUCAGUCUACCCAGAGAUGCCCCUGAACACACCUAGAGGGCGGGGACCAUAGGACCCAGGUUCCACCUCAUUGUUCGCACCCCUGCCGUGCUGCCACCCUCGACAUAUCUGCUUGUCCCACUCAGCUCACCUUCCUAGUCAGCCAGAAUCUGAGGGGAAGGGCCCCCAAGAAGCCCCCCUUUCCAUGAGAACACUGUUGACUGCUUUGCAUUUUUGGCUCUUCUGUAUAUUUUAUAAAAUAAGAAAUAUACCAGAUCCAAUAAAACACAAUGGCUAUGCAUA